GUUCUUAUAAUUUUAGAAAAAGUGUAUUAGAUGAACAUGCUGCAAGUCAACAACAUAAUAAAGCUAAUAAAAAAGAAGCAGCAAGUCUUAGAAUGGUUACUGUAUCAAAUAAUGCUAUUAAUAAUGCACAUCAACAUGUAUUACAAAUGAUGAAAAUGAUUUUUUGGCUUGUUUCUGAAGAUAUUGCUUUAAACAAAAUUAAAUCUUUUAUAGAUUUAGCUCAAUUUAUUGAAGUUCCUUAUAUUAAAAAAGAAGGUCAUAUUACUUAUGCUAAUUAUAAUUCUGCAUUACAAAUGUUAGAAGCUAUGUCAAUAUUGAUAGAUAAUGAUCUUUGGAAUGAAUUAAAAAAUUCUUCAGCAAUUGGAAUUUUAAUAGAUGAAAGUACUGAUAUUGCAACUGAAUCUCAUAUUAUUGUUUAUGUAAAAUAUUGUUUAUAUGGAAUUGUUAAAGUUAGAUAUUUACAAUUAUUACAAUUAGAACAUGGAAAUGCUAAAUCAAUUUAUAAUGCUAUAUAUUCUUUAUUUGAUAAGCAUACAUGUGAAAAAGCUCAAAAACAAGUAGAUUUUUGCAAUCAUGUAGAUUUGAUUUUAGAAAAAACUUAUCUUUUUUUUUAUAAAUCUCCAAAAAGAUAUGAUAUUUUAUAUAGUUAUCAAGAAUUACUUAAUUCACCUAAACUUAAAAUUCAUCAACUUCAUAAAAUUCAUUGGCUUUCAAGAUAUGAAGUUAAAAACUUUUGUAGAACACUUGAACUCUUGUUAGAUUCACUUUAUGAAAUUUAUAAAACUUCAGAAAAAAAACAAACUAAGGAAUCAACUAUUGAAUUAUAUAAUAAUAUAUGUAAUUGGAGAACUUUAGCUUUUAUUCAUUUUCUUUAUGAUAUAUUAGGUUAUUUAGCAACUUUAUGUUUAGCAUUACAACAUAGAUAUAUACGUUUUUCUGAUAUUAAUCCAAAAAUUGAAGCAACAAUAAAUAAAAUAUAUGAUGAAUAUUUGGAGCUUGAUACAGAUAGAAAACCAAAAUUAGGUAUUCAUCUCAACAAAUUUUUAGAAUUAACAAAAUCAUCACAACAAUAUAUAAAUAGUCAUAAAUUAAAAUAUACUAGUGAUUGCAAAAAUAAUUUAAUGGGUGAUAUUUUUGAUUUUGCAUCUUUACCAAAAGAUAAAAACAAAUUAACAAAUUAUGAAACAUUAGAAUUAGAACAAUUAAUUGAGUUCUAUAAAAAACCAUAUUUACCAAAUUAUCCAAAUGGAAUAGUUGAAGCAGAUAGUUUAAGACAAGAAUGGAAUUU